GGCUCGGGUUACAACAGCGCAGAGAGCCAGAGGGGCUGGACUCUGAGCCAAAAUAACUCCGCUCAGUAGCUGCGGAGCUAUGACUAAAUGUCUGGAGCAAUCGCCACAAGAGAGAAACACAGAGCGAGCAACCCGACUUCAGAAUCAGGAAGACAAGGAACUUUGAACAGUGCUGUACUUUCCUCUCGACUUUGGGACAGAAAAUCAUCAAGGAGCCGGACACUGCUACCUCACAGCCAUGACUUCUCAGACGAGCUUUGGCAGCAGCGUGCUGUUCCAGACGAUAAAUGAUGACCUUAAUGCAUCGCUGGCUACAGCAGAUGAGUUAUCCAGAGAGUUCAACUCCCUGCUGAAGGAGGCCUCCUCCAACAAAAACACCACAGAGUCUGGCUCUGAGACCAGCUCCUCAGUCUACAGAGAGAAGCCUCAGUCCACCCUCCUGUCCAACACCUCCAUCACAAGGGAGUCAAGUAGCAGUAAUAAUGGCAGCAUCAACUCUAAGCCAUUCUCCCCCAGUUCAACAACUUACCGCACUUUGGACUCUGUCCUCUCCAGCAAUAAAAACACACCGUCCUCCCCCUCUAUUUACACCACCAGCCCAUCCUCCCCCUCUGUUUACACCACCAGCCCACUCUCAUCCCCCAAGAUCCAAAGGAACUCACGCUCUCCAGUUCCUCGAUCUGGAUCCGACAGCUACCCAUACAGCCAGCAGAGCCCCAGACAGUCACCUCACACCCCAAGGCGCAAUUCCCCCUCUCGUUACGACAGGAGCCCACGAGGCUCAAUCAGUUACAUGGACAGAUGCCCUUCUCCAAGCCCUACAGCAUCUUCUUUUGACCAGCCACCUUGGUCUCCCCAGCUUCACUCCUCCUCCAACCUGCUGAGCCCUCGUGACAGCAACUCAAUGGGCCGUAGGUCGCCUCGUUCAGACAGAAGCCGCUCUCCUUUGUCUUUUGAUCAUCCCAUGUCCAACACGCUCCCUCGAAAUUUUGGUGGUUUCAAGCAACCUGACGAGGGGGUGCAGCGGCAGAAGAGCCCUGGCAAGUGGAAUGAGACAGAUCUAGACGUGUCCUACGAGAAGAAACCUCACCAUACCUAUGACAAGACAGAGUGGCUACGGCCGUCUGUGCCAAAUAGCAGCUGGAGAGAAUCCAACCUCGAUGGCCCUCCUCCAGUCCCGAGCCCCAAAAAGGAUCCUCGCUCUCAGCCACUCAAGUAUUCCCAUGGAUCUCUCCCUCGUAACACACGUAUAGCAGUACCUCCAGAUGUUUCAUCCCCAGUCCACUCCCCUUACCACCCUCAGCCCAUCAUCUCCCGUAUUUCCAUUCCCCCGACUUCUACUCAGUCUCGUCAGCAAAAGCCCAUCCCUCUCUCUGUCAUCAUGCGUCUCCAAAAUCCCCACUGGGGAGCAAUGGCAACCCGCCAUCCCAGAGUCCUGGGAGGAGAAGCUGAUAUGGCACCUUACCCACCACCUGUACCCAUCCCAAGGGAAUUCUUUCAUCAACCUGUGCCCCUCCCUCUGCAACACCCACCUGAGCUGAGACAGCCAGCCAUAUACAGUGAUGCGCUGAACUCAGGGGAUAUAGAUGCAGAGUUAGAGCGGCUCGACAUUGUUCAUCACCUGCCUGUGAUUUCGGAGAAUCCCAGCAUGCCAGAGGACAGAAGGGAGGGUGCGCCCCCUGCUCCCCGGCCCCUCAGCCCCACCAGGCUACAGCCAGUGGUGGCUCCUGAGGCCCAGAGCCAGGAGAUUCCCAACCUGGAGGAGCUGCUCCGCAUCCGGGCAGAAAUCCCUCGAGCCCUGAAGAGACGAGGCUCGGUGGACCACUCACAGCCCAUGAAGAGGGCCUCCCACUACCAGCCCAACCAGUACAAAAAUCUCAUCGACAAGCUGUUUCGCAGGAAGGAACACCGCCACAGGGGGGAGCAUGGUAGCGAGACUAGUGGCUCCUCAGAAGAGGAGGACUUUGCUACACCUCCUGCCCGUCUACCUGAACCCUCGGUGCUUCCUGAUUUCAAAAACUACCAUUCCAUCCUACGGCAGUCCAAACGGGAACACAGAAGUUCUGGGAAGCGAGCUCGACUCAGCCCGCUCGUCCUGCUGUUGGAUGGAGCAUUGGUCGGAGAGCUGGAGACAGUGCAGAGGGCCGUGCAGGAGGUGCAAGACCCUAGCCAACCCAAUGAUGAAGGCAUCACUGCUCUCCACAAUGCCAUCUGUGGGGGACAUUACAAUGUGGUGGACUUUCUGGUUCGCAUAGGAGCCAAUAUCAGCGCACCUGACAGCCACGGGUGGACUCCGCUGCAUUGCUCAGCUUCUUGUAACGACCGGCCUCUGUGUGAGUUUUUGGUGAGGAAUGGAGCUGCAGUCAUGGCCAUGACAGAGAGUGACGGUGCUAUCGCCUCCCAGAAGUGUGACCCCUACGCUGUUGGGUAUGAGGAGUGUGAGAGCUUCCUUAGGGGUGUGGAGGAGGCCAUGGGUGUGGAAAACAGCGGGGUGUUGUAUGCUCUGUGGAGCUACCCGGCCCAGUCGGCCGAUGAGCUGAGCUUUAAAGACGGAGACAUGGUCACCAUCCUGCGGAAACCUGAAGGGUCAGAUUGGUGGUGGGCCUCACUCUGUGGCAGGGAGGGCUUUGUUCCAAACAACUAUUUUGGGCUUUUCCCAAAGGUUCGACCAAAAUCUCUCUGCUAAGUGGUCUCUUGAUGAUGGUCAAACUGGUGCAGAGGACCGUCUGAAAAAAACUGAGCUUCACAGCUUCACACUUGUUGUUUGACAGGAAUGUGUCUGUGUGAUUAUGAAAAGGCUGUAUUGCUGCAGGGCUUGAGAAAUGGUUUUGAUCUGUCAGUCAAGGAGAGUUGAAGGAGAAGUCUCAGUAUUCAUUUUGGCCUCGCUGACAGGGAUAAAUCUUUCUAGAAGACAUCAUUUGUACUGGCUCUGCUGCAGGAUAUUUUUUCUAGUAAAGCUACAACUCUGUGCUAUGCUAAACCUCUUCUGUCAAGCUCUGCCUGUCUAUCCAAAGGUCACAAAACGGCGAUAUUCACUGCUGUUUUUGCUCAGCUGUGUUCCAGUCAGACAUUGACUUUUCUGACUCAUUGGCUGGUUACUAAUCAGAAUGCAAACAGUGACUGUUCAGUCCAUUCAUCAGCGAGGUCAGUGUAGCUGUAUGCUGUCAGCAAACCCAUGAUUGCUCAAUUUAGAAAAGGGCUGCUUCAAUCAGAGCAAAAUCAACUUCUCAUUACUGGAGCAGAGUUGUCUGCAGCUACAUCAAAGAAGCACCGAAAACUGUUAGAGUUGUCAGGAGUUGACAUGGAGCUGUUAUUCUUUUAUGAUAUUGCUAAAGUGUUCUCAGUGUACAUAUCAUUGUUUUUGCAUAUUAUUAUCCAAUGGAUUCUAACAGAAAGUACAUUCAUGAUUUUACAGGCCAAAUAUUAUUUUUGAAGAGAUGUUUAAUGUGGCUGCAGGCUUUCCAUAUUUUCAAAUGAGCCUCACCAAAAAUGUAACGGGUCUGGCUGGUUUAGGUUGAGGCCCUUCAUGCUGCCUGAAUAAGUCAAUUUCUAUGGAAACAUUUUUUUUUUUAUGACAAUGAAAGUGGUCUUUUGUAGAUACGUGUAUUUUCACAGAGGUAGAAUGGAUGUUUGGUGAUGUAUUGGUUUUGUGGGUUGCUGUGUUUUUUUAAUCAGUUUUCAGUGUAACGAUAACUGCUGUGCACUUAACCACUACCCUCUCAAGCAUGGGCGGAUUAUGAGACAAUGGGCCUCUGGGCACAGUUGUGCAAAAGGCACCCCAGGAGCAAGACACACAGAUUUUAUAGUUGUUUAUCCUCUUUUUGAUAUUUUGCAUCUCUUUGUAGUCAUUAUGCAUCUCUCCUUAGUCCCUUUUACACUGCCUGUUCUAGGCAGGAAUGUCACGCUGUUAUUCACGCCUCACCAUUCUUUAUUAACAGUAUGAUUGCGGUAAGGGGAGAUAAAGUUGUCUUACCUUUAAGCGGGCAGUGAAGCUAAUAACAGUGCAGAAGUGACGUCUGUGUUAAAAGGAACAGCAGGUGGGAUGGGACCACAGACAGGACAGGUGUGGCAUUUUGACGUUGUGUUAUGUUUGUGACCCACCAUUGGAAGAUUUAAAAAGCAGGUAGCAGCAGUUAGCAGCUAAUUAAAAAAGACAGUGAGGUCCAGGACCGCUUUACCCUCCAAGCAGAGGGACGGUAAAUGAUUGUUAUUGCUGUGUUCUGCCAUUGUUAUUGAAACUGCUGGCGACUUAUAUGUCCCACUGGAGGCUGUUGUGUUACAUGUCACUCCCAUCAUGCCUCUUUUGCUUCCAAGAUACCGGCAUGCUAUCUAAAAACACACUCGUGGGUGGCAUGAUGCUGCUGGAGUUUGGUUCUAUUUAAAAAUGCAAAGGCGGCCUAAUUAAAGGGACUUCAUAGCCUUAUAGCAUGAACUCUGUGUAAAAAGGGCUACUGUGUCUCUUUACAGCCCUUUUGUAUCUCUUUGUAGUCGUUGUGUGUCUCUUUGUUGUGUUUUCAUGUUUCUUUGCAGCCAUUAAAGUCUGAGGGGGCCCUGAAACUCUGGGCCCCUGGGCCAGUGCCUGAUAGGCCCAUUCAGUAAUCCAUCCAUGCUCUUAAGAGGCGCACAGUAACCAAAUGUUUAAAUACUGAAUAAAUACAUGAGUCACAUGUUUUUGGCUUCCGUUGGAAUUGUUUGUCCAAGUCAAGUCAAAUGUCCCUUACUGACCAGCAGGUGGCACUGUAUAUUCAAGUAUGAAUUCAGCACCAACUUCAUGUUUUUGUUUGUCAACACCACCUGCACAUAUGACUAAUGUAUGUUGUAAAACAUCAUUUAUUCAGGCUGUUUUGUGAAGCAUCAGGCCUGUAUGUUGUGUGUUAUAUUAAACCCUGUUAGUAUUUUA